CGGGACGCUCAGCUGCCUGACGUACCCUGCGGAAGACAGGCAUCCUGAAAAGCUGAGUGGCCGCACAGUCAAGGAGGCCUCCACCACCAACGGCUGUACGAAAGGGAAGGAGAGACGAGACCACGCUCACCGCCGGCCACGCAGCCCCUCGUGCGAUGGGGAGCGUGCGCCGCCACCAGCCCGGGGGAAGAAGAAGAAGAAGAAAUCGGGCCGCAAGAAGCGAAGGAGGUCUCCCUCCUAUAGCCCCUCGCCUGUGAAGAAGAAGAAGAAGAAAAGCUCCAAGAAGCGAAAAAGAAACAGGUUAUCCUCAAAGAAGAGAAGACACAGCUCUCGUGGGCGCACACGGAAAUCUCACCGCCAUCGCCACCGCCACUGCCACUCUCGCUCAGAGAGCUCCGACUCCCACUCCCCCAGCUGCCGAAGCAGGCACAGAGCCAGGUCUCGGGAGGAAGGGCGUAAAACACGGCGAAGACACUCCCGGCACCAUUCAAAGAUCAUGGCAAAGCGAAGCUCCUCUGCAGAGGUUCAAGCCAGCCAAAAAGCCAGCCAAACCCUCCCGCUCUACAGCUUCCUGUCUCCAAAGGAAGUCAUCUCUCAGUCAGGGUCUUCUGCUGACCUCUUUACCAAAACAGACAGCCCGCCUGGCAACCUAGCCAGCCAGAACGGAGAGUAUCAUGAAUAUGACUCAGGAAACGAUACUUCCUCCCCUCCCUCCACUCAAACGAGCUCAUCCAGGUCAAAGGACAGCCAGGAGAAAAGAAGUCUAGUCCAUGAUGGCUUUGGCCAUGCCUUCUCGUCCGGGAAGCCCAAACUGGCCAACAGCGGUAACAGCUCUGAUUCAGGAAAUUCCUUCACCAGUUGCUUUUCCCAGACCAAGGGAACAGCUUUGGAAAAUCUGUCUCCAGAUGCCCAGGGACAAGACCGAAGAGGGUGCCUGUCCUUCUGUCUCAGCUGUUCGGAGGAGAAGCAGCGAAACUUCUUCCCAUCCCCAACCCACAGCUCCCCGCUGAGGCCAUGCUCCCGCAGCGAGUCCUACACCAGCACGGGCAGAUCCUCCCCUGGCUCCAGCCGCUCCAGCCGCUCCCACUCCUCACACCACAAGGCCUCUCCCAGGUAUUCCAGAAGCAGGUCCUGCUCUUCAGGAAAGAGGUCUUCUUCGCGUUCCCCCAGCUAUUCCCCCAAAUCCUGCAAAAAAAGUCCUGGGAGCAGGAGUUCAAGGCCUCGUCGGAGCCCCAGUUAUUCCCGCUACAGCCCUAGCAGAGACCGUGACCGAGAGCACAAGUACGGCUCCAGCGAGAAGGAGUCGCACAGGGAGCGUGACCGGCAGCGGCGCCGGCGGUCCUAUUCACCCCUGAGGAAGCGCAGGAGAGACUCUCCCAGCCACCUCGAAGCUCGGCGCAUCACGAGUGCCCGCAAACGCCCCAUCCCCUACUACCGUCCCAGUCCCUCCUCCUCCAGCAGCGCCAGCAGCUAUUCCUCCUGGUACAGCAGCUUUAGCCGCUCCCCGAGCCGGAGGAGCAGCCGCAGCAGGAGCAGGAGCUAUGACUCAGGAGGCAGCUCCGACAGCCUGCGUCGCUAG